AUGGAUAGUUGUGCUGAAGUGCGUUGUUUCCUUGAUGGUUCUCUCGCAUUUGAACUUCCUAGAGCCGGUGAAUAUCUGUGGGCAGAGUUAUCCAAGCAUCAAUGGAAUGAGAAUUUUGGUGGUCAGAUAUGGAUUCCAUAUUCGAGAGCAUUCCUUUUAAGUGAGAGGCGUGUGAAGAUUAUGGCCAUGCAUUCAUCAAAAAAGGUACCUAGAGGGACAAGUUCCAGGCAAGGAGGGGUUUUGGAGAGAUCAACUGAGCUUUGGUUUUUAUUUUUGGGUAUGAGUGUUAUGGCCAUUAGGUUACUGGGCAUUGUUUGGGUUUUUGUGUCAUUGGGUUUGACUGGUUCUGGGUUUUGGGGUGGGCUAUCUAUUGAGCUAUGGUCAUUAUUAAUUAGUGUGGUAAGAGAAGAAGAUUUUGUUGAAGAGUUUGUUAUCAAGGGAUCCAAUGGGUACGUACCACGUGGCGAUUCCUCUGUAGGUUGUGAUUCUGGACGUGAGUGCGCCGACUUUGCCACAGGUGUUCCAUUCGUUGUACACGUGCCAGAAUAUGUUUGUUGUUCAUUUUUCGAUGCUAGCGACGAGAAGGUUGGUUCAUGCGCCACUACUGCAGAUAAAAUUAUUGGUUCACGAGCCUCCAAUUCUGGCCAUGAUUGUGGGUUUUCCAAUGAAAGUUGUGAGGUUGAUGACGCUCCUGGAUUUGCUCGAAGCUGGGGACCAUAUUCCUUAGAUUGA